GUUUGCAGUUUUUUCAACGGCAAGUGUAUUCUCGGUCAAGUUUUAUUUCGCUCUGUGAUUUUUUGACAUUUCCAAGCAGAAAUUUCUAAAAUUUCUGCUCAAAUUGGUGCGCAUUUGAUUCAAUAAUUUGUUUCAUCACGUUGUGCAAGCAAACAAAUCCAACAGGAGUUGCAUAUUAACAGCAGUUGCAACUCGGAUUUGAACUUGUUUUUUGAAUAAUUCCAGCAAGGCAAACUGAAGCAGUAGUUUAAACUUAUUUAGAAAUCCCCUCCACACAUUGUAAGACAAGCAGGACAACAACAACAGCAACAACAUGGGAAAUGUAUUCGCGAAUCUAUUCAAAGGCCUCUUCGGUAAAAAGGAAAUGAGAAUAUUGAUGGUCGGUUUGGAUGCCGCUGGUAAAACCACAAUUCUGUACAAACUCAAAUUAGGCGAAAUUGUUACAACGAUACCUACCAUUGGUUUCAAUGUGGAGACUGUAGAAUACAAGAAUAUUAGCUUUACAGUGUGGGAUGUGGGCGGCCAAGACAAAAUUCGUCCAUUGUGGAGGCAUUACUUCCAGAAUACACAAGGUCUUAUCUUCGUCGUUGAUAGCAAUGACAGAGAGCGUAUCGGUGAGGCGAGAGAAGAAUUGAUGCGCAUGCUGGCCGAGGAUGAGCUUAGAGAUGCAGUCUUACUAAUAUUCGCCAACAAACAGGAUCUGCCAAAUGCAAUGAAUGCGGCCGAAAUCACCGAUAAGCUUGGCUUGCACUCACUCAGAAACCGCAACUGGUAUAUUCAGGCGACGUGUGCAACUAGCGGCGAUGGACUCUACGAGGGACUUGACUGGUUGUCCAAUCAGCUGAAGAAUGCUAAUCGCUAAAUAAACUAAACCACACCACAACAAUAACAGCAAAAAAGCAACCACAACAACAACAAAAUAAUUAUACACUAACUUUGAUUUCAAAAGCAAAGCAGCAAAAAGAAAACCUUCAACAGCAGACAUAAUAUAAAACCAUCUUCAUAUAUGUAUGUGGGAAAUAACAUCAACAACAACAAGAUCAAUCAACUACUUUGAGCGAACUGAGGGUUCUGUGCAUUUUCCAUUUUCCAGCUAUAUUAAAAAACACGCAAAGGCCGCCGCGCAUAAUUGAAAUUUGUUUAAGAAUCGUGCAUACACCGCAAGCAAAAACAUAAGAAAAACAAAAGAUAAAAGCAAAACACAAUUUUUCAAAGCAGCAUAUAAAAGAGAACGCUAUGAUUUAAUUUAAAUUAAUAUAUAUAUAAUUAUUGGAUGUUUAAAAUGCAACAAAAAAAGAUUAUAAAGAGAACCCAACAACCACCACAACAACAAAAGAGAAAAGAUAAAAAACAACAAGUAUAUAUGGUAUAAAAUUGUCUUUUUAAGUUAUUUUUGCCCUACCCCCUCAUCAAUAUAUAUUUCUUUUUAAUUUUAUAAAUAUAAAGGUAAUAAUAAUGAGAAAAACAAAACUGUAAUUGUAAUUGCUCUUUAAAAAACAAAAAUACAAGAAAAAACCAAUUAAAAUUUUCGUUUGUGUCCGUCGCUUGGCAGCAAAGCAAGUAACAAACAUGAAACACAACACAUACAUAAAAACAAAACUAUAUGAAAACGGAACGUACUAUUUAUAAAAGUAAUUCUAAAUAAAAUUUAAAUAAACAAAA